UGAAUUCGCCUUGGAUUUGUAUUUGUUAUUUAUUUAAUUAUUUUACAAAAAUAUGGAGCAAACUGAGGAAGUGAAUAUGCCAGAAUUACCAUCAACUCCAGAUAAAAUAAGAGUUGAUGGUCAUGAUUACCUUUUAAUAACAAAAGCUAGUGAUGAAUUCGAUAAAGGGAAUUAUGAUUGCUGUAUUAAUUUUUUGGAACAACUCGAGGAGUUCAAGGAUCACGACAUUAAAUUGGAGCACAACAAAUCUGUAGCUAAAUUUUACAAGGAUAAUUGUAAAGAUUAUAUGAGCUUGUUAAAACAUCUUCAGAAACUGGACACAAAAGAGCAUACUUCUGAAAAAGAUCUUAUUGUAUCUCCGUUAACAUUUUUUACAACAUAUAAUAAAGCAGUAAUUUAUUAUCAUCGUCACAUGUAUAAAGCGGCUCUGGAUAUAAUGGAGCCAUUAUUCAACAAAAUAAACACAUAUGAUGAAAACGUGCUAGCAAUGCUUGGUAUUUUAGAGCUGAGACUUCUAUUGGCGUCUAACCAACCUAAAAAAGCAUUGUUUUUUCUCGAAGUAUUUUUGCAUAAAUUGGGGAUAAAUAUAUUACAUCUAACUUCAGAUGAUUAUAAUAUUCAAGAGUCUUUACCUAGAUUAGAGGAUAACUUAGGAAAAGGUUUAAAACUGAUGUCAUUGUUAACACAGGUUGUUAACAAAAAGCCCGUUAUGGUGCCAGAGGAUGUUUCUCCUGAGUUAUCGGCAUUAAAGGCACAUCAAUAUUACAUAAUGAAAGAUUUCCAAAUGGCGGCAAAACAAUUAAACAAGAUUAACGGUUACCGAUAUGUGAAUGAUUUUUAUAAUAAGGAAUUAAAUACACUAAUCGCCAAUAACAUGGGUGUUAUACACUUACGGGUCCGGCAUUAUGCAAUUGCAGCCAACUUCUUUCAAAAUGCAAUAUCGUUUGAUAAACAUGUAGCAGUAAAUCUUCGCAAUAUCCGGUUACAUCAUAUGAGUUCAGUGAAAUCUUGUGAAAUUCUCUAUAAUUUGGGAAUUGCUAUGCUGCAUUUAAGGAGACCCAAAGAAGCAUUCCAAUGUUUCCUUGUGCCUCUAAAAACCUAUCACAGCAAUCCAAGACUAUGGUUUAGAAUUGCAGAAGCUUGUAUAAUGGAACAUGAAAUAAAAAGAUCUUUUGAGGAAAAACGAUUUGCAAUCAAUGGCGGGAGAAAUGUAUUACCCAAUAGAGUAUCCUACACAGAGAAUAGUCAGUCGUCAGCUGUACUAGAGCCUACCAUGGAAUUUGCAGCAUUAAGUCUACGUAAUGCUUUGACUCUGACACAAUCUUUCCUUACAAAACUAUAUGUGUCACAGAAGAAUGAUGAGUGUAUUAAUAAUACAUCGGAAAGUUACAACUGGCGCACAACUACAGAUAAUAACUUUUGUCCUCCAUCCCGUCCGAUAACAAAACAAACCUUUUGUAUUUUACUUUCAUCUAUAUAUGCGGCGUAUAGUUAUGUUUCAUUGAGAUUGGGUGAUUAUGUCACAGCAUUAGAAAUGGCUGAGAAACUAUUAAAAACGGAUUCCCUUUCCGACGCCCAUAAAAUGUUGGCACACAUGUAUGCUGGUGAAGCUCUUAUUAUGAUGGAUAAAUUAUCUGAUGCCAGAUCCCAUUUGGAACCUACAUCAGUUUCAAAUCUGAACAUAUUUGAUUUUGAAACAAAAGAUUGGCAAGUUAAAUCAGUAGAUGCUGCUCAAAAUAUUGUUCGUUACAAUUUGGCAGUGGCUAUAUUUUUACAAGGCGAUGCUGAAAUGGCACGAAAUCUUCUGAAUACUUGUACUCACCCUAUAGUAUCACAAAAAGUAUCUACAUUUAAAAACCUGCAAACAUCAACGACGUCGGCUUCUGCUACUUCAACAAUUUACUUCACACCGAGGAUCUGAUUAAAUUUCAAAACAAUAUGGAAUAUUAAAUUCAAUAAAAUUAAAAACUACCAGUCGGCUA